AUGGAAGAAGUGAUAAGUCUUAUUAAACAUUUACUUACUACAAGAUAUUCAAUUGAUAGUGUAGAUUCAAUUGUCAAACAUUUGAAAAUUUCAAAAAAUCAUCUUCUACAAUUAAUAAAUGAGGAAUCUUAUAAAGAAUAUUUUCAAUUAUUACAUCCAUCAAAUAAUUAUCAUCAAGGAGUAGAAAAAAUUGCUCUUACAUUAGAUCUGUUUUGUUGUACACAUUAUGCUCAGCAUUGUAAAAAUCAAUCGUGUUCAUUUUUGCAUUUAUGUCCAUAUAAUAUUCGACCAAUGUAUACAAAAUGUACAAAUAAAACUUGUCCAUAUGAUCAUGAUAUUUUACAAAGUAGUCAUAAUCGAAAAAUUAUUGAUGCUCGUGGUUUAAAUUUUAUACCAACAAUUACAUUACAUGAAAUAAUACGAGCAAGUGCUGACCCAAUUCGAACAUUUUGGGUAUGUACUGAUCAUGGAAAGAAAAGUGGUUGUUCAAAGAAAAAUCAUUGUGAUAAAUUACAUUACUGUUAUUAUGCAUUAAUUGAUGCUUGUACAAAACCAUAUUGCCCACAUACGAUAAAUGAUGCUUGUCUUGCAUAUUUUCGACAAAAAGAUUUAAUUGAACAAGAUCAAGACGAUAUUCUUAAUGCAUUUAAAAAAGUUCUUCGACAACGAAAACUUGAUUAUGUUAAUACAGGCAAUAUGUCUUAUCAUACAUUAUCAUCUUCAUCAAGUCCGAAGACUUCAAACUCUGGUCAUAAUCAACGUAAAUCAUCAAAUAAUAAACAACAUCGUACAUCAUCUUCUUCUAGAAAAUCAACACCAAUAGAAAUAACAUCAGCAAGAUCAACCUGCGACGAUAUUUUAUCAACGAAAUCUGAUUCUUCACCACCAUUACCUGACCAUGAACAAGAUAUUCUUCUUGAAGAUUCUUAUGAUCGAUAUGAUUAUGUACAAACCGAACAUUAUCUAUCAGAUGAACUUGGAUUUCCAAUUAAAUUAUUAACAUUGAAAAGUAUUUAUUCACGAAAUAAAGAAACUGAAUGUGCAAAUAAACGUUCAAAACCAAUAUAUUAUUAUUAUCCAAUUAGAGAUCCUGCUGAGAUUUUUCGAACACUACGAUGGCAAAAUGAAGAUAAACGUUUAAUUAAACCUCUUAUUGUUUAUGCUAACGUACGCGAUGCACAUGAUGCAGCAAAACAAAAUUUUGAAAAUAAUCAAUUUUGUAUUUUUCGCAUACAUCUUUUUCAUUCCGGUGUUAUUAACGGUGAUUUAUUACCAGAAAAUCGUCUUCAAUUAAAAGAUCCAUCAAAAAUGUGUUUUGAUCGUAUGUGGAUUUAUAUAUUCAAUCUUUAG